AGUCUGUGAAACUUGUAGGAGUUAGAAGGUUUGAAAUAUGUCAAAACUUGUAAGUCAUUAUAUAUGAAGAUCAUGACUAAGUCGUCGGACUUAAAAUCCCGAUCACAGAAUGACUAUUAUCUUUCUCUAGCUCAUCAAGAAAUUUCGAAAUUGUCAGUUGAAGAUAAGAAAAAUCAAAACGAAUAUGUAGAGAUCUUGGACCUGUCCCACAAUGAAAUCAGUGAUGUCUCGUUCCUUACUGGAUUUCAGCGUCUAAAAACGGUCGUCCUUGAUCACAACCUAAUAGGAAGUAACACAGUGUUUCCCUAUCUUCCCAUGCUCAGUAUGCUCUGGUUGAACUACAAUCUCAUCGUUGAUCUAAGUACUUUCAUACCUGCUUUAGCUCGUAGCUGUCCAGCACUGAACACAUUAAGUUUGGUGGGAAACGAUGCAGCUCCAAGCUAUUUUAAUGGAAAGACACUGGAAGAGAAUCUCAGCUACAGGUAUCGUGUAAUAUAUCUAUUUCCUCAAUUGUGUCGUUUGGAUGACCAGGAUGUCACACCAUCAGAACGUCAAGCCGCGAGAACUCAGAAUGACAAAAUCUUGUGCGUAUCAGCUUUUAAAAUAUUACAGAAAUAUUUGGCGCGUAUUACCAUAAAGCUGUAGGAAAUCAUAUUAUUUAACUUUCUUUGUUAUUGGAUUGAUUUAUUUUGUAAAUAUAUAUAUAUAUUAGUGGCAGAAAUAAAUUACAAUGGAGAAUUUUUCAACUGUAUUUAUAAAUUAUGCUACUCCUGUGAUUGUACCAUCGUUGUUUUCAUACACUGGUGAAAGUGGUUUUUAUGUGAUAAAUCAGGAAAUGCCUCUGAAGUUGUACCAAAAUUAUAUUUUCAUGUGUUACACAUUAAUCUCUAAUUCCCAACUUUGACAAAAUGUUUUUCAAGUAUACAUACAAGAACGGUUUUUAAAAUCUAUUAUUUCAUAACCUGUAGCCUGUAACUGAAGCUUUCCCCAAUAUAAUUGAGUGUAUAUCAUAGAACUAAACAAAUCUCCCAAUAUACUUAAAUGUGUCUCAUGGAACUAAAUAAUCACCAAGUGUAUCUGAGUGUGUAGCGUAGAACUAAAUAUUAUCCUUAGAAAACUGCGUAGGAAAUUAUGCGUAGUGGUUGUUGAAAAAGAUAAAAAGAAGUAUGUUAUAGGACAAACCACUAAGGAGUAAAUAUAUAUAUAUAUUAAUACAUAUAAUUGUGGAUACAACGUUUCGGUCAACGGAUUUCGUUUGCAGAUUUACUCUUCAGUUAGUGAUACCUGAAGAAGGACAUUCCCGAAACUUUUGCCCCCCAGUGGCACAGCGGUAUGUCUGCGGACUUACAACGCUAGAAUCCGGGUUUCGAUACCCGUGGUGGG